AUGACUCGGGACCAUCUUGCAAUCACCCCGCAGCCUGGGCUGGAGAUCCGCGAGUUCAAUAUCCCCGCACGGGACGGACAUCCUAUCUGCGUGCGAACAUACAGACAGUCUGACAAGACUGGCCUGCCCCUCUUGAUCUACCUUCAUGGUGGAGGAUUUGUGACUGGUGGCCUCGAGACCGAUGAUGCUUCAUGCCGUGCCUUGGCGACACAACUCCCUGUCUUCGUUUUAAACGUCGAGUACCGUUUGGCGCCGGAGAAUCCAUUUCCAACAGGAUUCGAGGACAGUUUCGAUGUCGUGCGUUGGGCUGCCUCCCAUGGGCCAUCCAAAGUGCCGAUAAACCUCCAACGAGGCUUUCUGCUCGGGGGCACUUCCGCCGGUGCUAACUUCACAGCUGGCAUUGCUCACCUGGCCGUCCAGGAAGGCUUGUCUCCACAGCUAACAGGUCUUCUCUUCCUGGCGGCAAGCGUCUGCCAUCCAGAUGCGAGGCCGGCCGCAUACAAAGAACGUAUCCUGAGUGUCGAUGAAAUUAACGAUGCGCCAGGACUGACUCGGAAAUCGAUUGACUUCUUUGCAGCCAAGUAUGGUGCUCCUCCAGAGGACAAGCGGCUCUCACCGUUGCUGUUUGACUCCCAUGCUGGCAUCGCACAGAAGGCGAUUUUCUAUGUUUGUGGAUGGGAUCCGCGUCGGGAUGAGGCUUUGCUGUUUGAGCGACUGCUACGAGAGGAGAAUGUUAGCACCAAGUUGUUCGUAUAUCCAGGCCUGCCUCAUGGUUUCUGGACGACCUGUCCUGACUUGGAGGUUUCGCAGAGCUGGCAGAAGGAUCUAGUUGACGGCGUACGCUUUUUAUUAGUGAUGGACCCGGUGUGA